AUGCCAAAAGACAACGAGCACCACGUCCCAGGUCAUUGCGAGCGUCCAGAGUACGUCUGCCACAGGGAACCUGGAAGCGCAUCAGCAACAGUUACCUCUUUACAUUGGGAGGAUGGGGCGUAUCUGGAUGGAGAUGUACAUCUGGAGCGAAAACGCCUGGAAGCGACACAGUCCCGAUUCAUCGCCCGCUGCUGGCCCACUCACGGAGAUCAUUGUCGCGAUGAAAUCGAAGAGAUUGAAGAACGCAUUGAUCAGCAUGAUCCGAUGCUGAAGCUGGGACGCCGAGAGUUUCAUCCUGAAUGUGCACCUAUGUCCCUGGACGGGGACGUUGGCCUCUUUCUCGGUGAGACGGUCGUUGGGAUAUCACAUCUUCACGACGGGACCCCGAUGAUGGAUAGGGGUGAAGGCGUUGCAACGCAGAAGAUGGCUGAGAUGACGCGAGAGAUGGAAGAAAAGCAAAAUGGGUGGGGGAUUGAAGCAUUGUGCGAUCUGAAGCACUAUUACGCCAUCUGCCACCACUGCGAUAGCCUCAUAGAGAUCCACCAGCAGGCCUUAAUUGCUUUUUCCACCUCGCUCAGUCACAUUCUCGCUACAUAUCGUACCGAUAUCGCGGCGUUUGUGGGGUCUGUUGUUUUUGUUGCUGCGCCUAGCUCUCCCGGCCCCAUCCGGCCCAUUACCCGACCUGACAAGCUCAGGCUGGGAUCAACUCGCGAGCUGAUCGCAGCGGGGAAAGGGCUCAGCCGAAGACAAGUGGGUGGGUUCGAGAAGAUCUCAUAUACGAACGGAUGUCGCGAUACAGCAUCUGACGCCAAUCCACAGGCUGACAGGAAGACGUAG